AUGGCCUCGCAGGACGUGCUCAGCCAGACCACCCGGCUGGCCUCCUCCAGCGCUUUGCUGCAGGUGCUGUUCCGGGUGGUCACCUUCGGGCUGAACGCGUUCACUCUGCGCUACCUCUCCAGAGAGCUGAUCGGCGUGGUCAACGUGAGGCUAACACUACUGUAUUCAACAGUUGUCUUCCUAGCCAGGGAGGCAUUUCGCAGAGCUUGUUUGAGUGGAAGUACAAAGCGAAACUGGACCAAAACAAUUAAUCUAUUGUGGCUGACAGUCCCUCUUGGUGUUUUUUGGUCUAUUUUCUUGGGCUUAGUAUGGCUACACUUACUUGAAGUACCUGAUCCUUCUGUGGUUCCUCAUUAUCAGGCUGGUGUAGUGGCAUUUGGUCUUUCUGCAAUUAUCGAGCUUCUAGGAGAACCGUUCUGGGUUUUAGCACAAGCUCAUUUGUUUGUGAGACUUAAGGUAAUUGCUGAAAGCCUUUCAGUAGUGUCAAAAUGCAUUUUGACAGUUAUUUUAGUAGUGCUUUAUCCUCAGUGGGGCCUCUACAUUUUUUCCUUGGCUCAGCUUUUAUAUGCCAGUGUUCUGGUGAUGUGCUAUGUAAUUUAUUUUGUGAUGUUUUUGGGAUCUCCUGAAGCAACAAAGAAGUCAUUUCCAGUUGCUAGAAUGAAAGCUCUAUUACCUAACUUGGUGGAAGAUGAGACCUUUGUUAAUUGGAAGGAAGCAUGGUUGACUUGGAGUUUCUUCAAACAAUCCUUCUUGAAACAGAUUUUGACAGAAGGUGAACGGUAUGUGAUGACUUUUUUGAACGUGUUAAAUUUUGGAGAUCAGGGUGUAUAUGAUAUCGUCAAUAAUCUUGGUUCACUGGUGGCCAGGUUUAUCUUUUUGCCUGUUGAGGAGAGUUUUUAUGUCUUUUUUGCUAAAGUGCUGGAAAGAGGGAAGAAUGUAAAGGAUCAGAAGCAGGAUGAUGUUGCUAUGGCUGCGAAUGUAUUAGAAUUGCUGUUGAAACUUGUGCUUCUGAUUGGCCUCACCAUCACGGUUUUUGGCUAUGCCUAUUCUCAGCUGGCUCUGGAUAUUUAUGGAGGCUCAAUGCUCAGUUCUGGAACAGGUCCUGAUCUCCUCCGAUGUUACUCAUUAUAUGUCCUAUUUCUUGCUAUCAAUGGAGUAACAGAAUGUUUUACAUUUGCUUUGAUGUGCAAAGAAGAGGUGGAUAGGUACAAUUUUGUUAUGCUGGCCUUGUCCUUCACAUUUCUGUGCAUCUCUUAUUUCUUGACCCACUGGCAUGGCAGUAUAGGCUUUAUCCUUGCCAACUGCUUUAACAUGGGUAUUCGAAUAGCUCACAGCAUCCACUACAUCUAUGAUUACUUCAAAGAAAGCACUUACAGACCUUUGACAGGCUUGCUUCCCUCCCCAUUUUUGGUACUUAUUUAUAUCAUAAGUGGAGUAAUCACUGGUUUCUCAGAGGUAUUCUUCUGCUGCGAUAAGGGUUGGAUGGCAAGGCUGAUUCACAUCAGUGUGGGGGCUCUGUGCUUUGCAGCAACUGUCAUUACUAUGUUCUGCACAGAGACCAAGCUGAUCCACUUUGUCAGAAGCCAGUUCCUCUCCCGGUAUAUGAAGAAAGGAACAUGAAAUGCUUGUGUGCAGAACGGUUCUUUUACAUUCUUACAGGAGAGGGCUGUAUUUUUUGCGUAAGAUCUGUAUGGAAAAAGGUUUCCACAUGUGUUUAUUGGAAGCAUUGAUAUUGGAGUGCCAGUGUAAAAGGUUGCCAACUGAAUAUUAGUUUGUCUUCUAAACUGGUCAGUACAGUGAAAGAGAGCUGAGUAAUUUUCUCUGUAUGCAUCAUUCUUUUCUAAGCUUUUCUUCAAACAGCCUCUUCGGUAAUGACUGAAGAUCUAAGAUACACCCUUCUGACGUAAACUAGUUGACAGACUUCAUGGAGAGAGCUCCUAUUCUUACCAAUGGGGAGUACAUGUAUGGAGUCAUCUAAUGGCUUACAUCUUAAGAUGUAAUUAAGAAUGCCCUUAUUUGGCAUGGUGGGCUGCUUAACUGAUUAGAAAAUAAAUGGUCUGACAAAAAAAACCCAAAACAACAAAACCCAGACAACAAAAAAAAGCUGAAGAAAACAGUAGAGCAAGGACUGAUAGCGAUGUAACUAUUACUGAAGUAGAACAUAAUGCAAUGCAGAGAGAUUGAGUUGUCAGUGUUUUGAAGUGUAAAGCGGUGAACAGAAAGUUCUGACGUUUACAAGUAAAUUAAUGGAAUACACAGCAUGUGUCCAUGCUGUGUAAGAUUAUUUCAUUCAGCAUAUCAUUCAUUUAUGAGGGUAUUGAUUAACUUGUCAAAAAUACUCUGAAGCCUUAGCUAAAAGAAAAAAGGGGUUUUGAGCAGUGUUUUACAGAAGACGUUAAGUACGAUCACACUGAUGCUGAAGUUCCAGAAGGUUAAUGAUGAAACUUCUUACUUUCACUCCAUUGGUUUUGUUUUUAUCUGAGCUUUUAAAUACCAGCACGAACAAAUUUGUCUCAAUAAAAUGAUUUUAUCUUGUCUUUGAAAUCAAAUAUUAAAUAUAUUUAAUAGGAUUUCUUUCAAGGAUUUAUGCACACUGAAACUUUCAUUAUUGAAUAGAAAAUGCUUCAUUUUGUUACAAUCAGUUUUCCUCAAU